UCAACCCAUGUAUCCCAGCUGUAGAUGUCUCGUGCUAGCUGCUAGAUGUGCUAUGUGUAGGACAGUAGGAGUACAACUCUGAACAUGCUAUGCUAAUUCGAUCUAGGCCUGCCUAGUUCUUAAUUUUUUCUUCAAACUUAUAACUUUUCCAUCACAUUAAAACUUUUCUACACACAAAUUUUCAACUUUUCUGUCACAUCGUUCUAAUUUCAAUCAAACUUUCAAUUUUAGCGUGAACUAAACACACCACUAGUAAGUCGGAUCUGGUCUUGCCACCCCACCAGUUUCCACCAGGGUUUGUAUUUCGGACGACAACCGAUCAAAAACCACGAAAGUAGAUACCCAGUGAAAUUUCAAGUGGUUUUUGAUAAUUCAAUUUUGAAACAGUAAAUUUUAGCUAAAUUUUCGAUCAAUACUGGGUGUUAGAGAUCUCACCUGGUUACCACAAAGUAUCAUAAAGCACACAAGAUUACAGGCAGUUUUUGCAAUGGUAUAAACAAGAGUACAAGACAAGAUUACAAGCAGGCAGUUUUUGCAAGGUUUUUUGCAAUGGUAUAAACGAGACAAGAUUACAAGCAGUUUUUGCAAAGAUUUAAACAAGGGGAUCAUGAUCCCCAAUCUUCAAAGUCAUGUAACUUUAUCAUUGACAUGUGGAUCCGAUGAACCAUUGACUCAUAUGUCAAUAACUUUAAAUAUAGAGGAUCUUAAUCCAUUGGAUCCACAUGUCAUAACAAAAGCAUAGUAACUUUAAAUGUAGAGGAUCUAAAUUCAUCGGAUCCACAUGCAAAAGCAUAGUAACUUUAAACGUAGAGGAUCUAAAUUCAUCGGAUCCACAUGCAGUAACAAAAGCGAUCUAAAUCCAUCGGAUCCACAUGUCAGUAACAAAAGCACAGUGACUUUAAACGUACAGGAUCUUAAUCCGGAACAAAGUGGCACAGCUAUUUUGUCUGCUCUGAUCCGGAGCUUCUGACCUGUGCUCACCACCAGAGUUUUAAAAUGGAAAGCUUGCAUCAGGCCACGUGGCGUUGACAAAGAACCAAUCCCAAUGUGGCCACGAGCCCCGGCCACGCCGCCGCCGCCGCCAUGGCCAUCAAAACCUAGUGCCGCCUCGCGCAGCGCGCUGCGUCGUUUGGAUCUCGACGACGGCCGGCGCCAAGGCACGGAGGGAGAAGAAAACCACGCGCCUCUUCUGUGUUCUCCGGCGAUGGCGAGCUCCACGGCAUUUGCAGCGGCAUUUGCGCUGCUGCUGCUAGCGUCGUCGGCGGCGGCGGAGGGGGAGGCGGUGCUGACGCUGGACGCCGGCAACUUCACGGAGGUGGUGGGGGCGCACGACUUCAUCGUCGUCGAGUUCUACGCCCCAUGGUGUGGCCACUGCAACCAGCUUGCUCCGGAGUACGAGGCGGCCGCCGCCGCCCUGCGCUCGCACGACCCGCCGGUCGUCCUCGCCAAGGUCGACGCCAGCGCCGACCUGAACCGGGGCCUCGCCGGCGAGCACGGCGUGCAGGGCUACCCCACCAUCAGGAUCCUCCGGGACCGCGGCGCCAGGUCGCACAACUACGCCGGGCCCCGGGACGCCGCCGGCAUCGUCGCCUACCUCAAGAGGCAGGCCGGCCCGGCCUCCGUCGAGAUCGCUGCCUCCGCCUCGCCGCCAGCGGCCGACUCCAUCGCCAACGACGGCGUGGUCGUCGUCGGAGUUUUCCCCGAACUUAGCGGCAGCGAGUUCGAGAGUUUCAUGGCGGUGGCGGAGAAGAUGAGGGCCGACUACGAUUUCCGGCACACGACGGACGCCGGCGUCCUCCCACGGGGUGAUCGGACGGUGAGGGGGCCUCUCGUCCGCCUCUUCAAGCCCUUCGACGAGCUCUUCGUUGACUCGCAGGAUUUUGAUAGAGAUGCGUUGGAGAAGUUUAUCGAGUCUUCUGGUUUCCCUACAGUGGUUACCUUUGACACUAGUCCGGCAAACCAGAAAUACCUUCUGAAAUACUUCGACAAUGCCGGCACCAAAGCGAUGCUUUUCCUGAGCUUCAGUGAUGACAGAGCAGAGGAAUUCAGAACUCAGUUCCAUGAAGCUGCAAAUCAAUACAGCGCAAACAACAUAAGCUUUCUGAUUGGUGAUGUCACUGCCUCUCAGGGUGCUUUCCAGUAUUUUGGGCUUAAAGAGAGUGAAGUGCCCCUCGUUUUCAUACUAGCAUCGAAGUCGAAGUAUAUCAAACCAACUGUGGAGCCUGAUCAGAUCUUGCCCUACCUGAAGGAAUUUACAGAAGGAACAUUGGCACCCCAUGUUAAAUCAGAACCCAUUCCGGAGGUUAACGAUCAGCCUGUUAAGACCGUUGUUGCUGACAAUCUUCGAGAGGUGGUUUUCAACUCCGGCAAAAACGUUCUGCUCGAGUUCUAUGCUCCAUGGUGUGGACAUUGUCAGAAGCUGGCCCCGAUCUUGGAAGAGGUUGCAGUUUCAUUGAAAGAUGAUGAAGACGUCGUCAUAGCAAAGAUGGAUGGUACUGCCAACGAUGUACCGUCAGAUUUCGCGGUGGAGGGGUACCCAAGCAUGUACUUCUACUCGUCUGGGGGGAACCUCCUGCCCUACGACGGGAGGACAGCCGAGGAGAUCAUCGAUUUCAUCACCAAGAACAAGGGCUCCAGGCCUGGGGAAGCAACCACGACUGAAUCUGUCAAGGAUGAACUGUGAUGGCCACUUGGGGGAGUGGGGAGCUUCAGGUUAGGAGGUGCAGUGCAGCUGACAGCUUGAGGACAUAGCUCAGUACUGAAUUUAAUCUUGUAUUCGAGUUCCAGGUUUCCAAGUACAUGUAGCAUUACCAAUGGUUUCAUACAUACAUGUCCCCCCCCUUUUUUUUUUUUGCACCGCUGAAAUCUGUUAUUGUAACAUCAUUACACUACAUCGAAUAAUCCCCAUUUUAGCUUGCCAAACGAGUAACUAAAA